AGGAGAGUGUUGGUCUAGUCUAUGUAAAGUUUAAUGCUGUGGGUAUGAGUCCGCGAUCAAUACUGACGACUACGCCGGCUUUCUUCCCUCGAAAAAGUCGCCCGAAGAUUUCCGCCGGCGUGUCAGUUUGAGCAAAAUUAAACGCGCUGCGUACCGAGUUGUUGGACUUUACUAAUUAUAAAUAAAUAAAUUUGUCAGUUGUCAGUCUAUCAAUCAUCGGUAUAUCGAUUUCUAAAGCAGAGCAAUUGGGAAAUUUGAAUAAUUGACGUAAAUAACGCGGCCUCGACGACUACCUCGGCUGAACCGGGUGAACCACCCAGGGGAGGAAGGCAUCAACGAGGGCAUUAAAUCCAAGACGUCGUGCCCUCGUCUCGCUCCACCCUCCUCCCUCACUUUGGUUCGCCACCUCGCAACGAGUUCCGGUUUCACAUCUCGACGUCUAACAAAAAUAAAUCGUAAAAUGACGUCGAAGGUGUUAGUCAAGUUACCCACGGUGCCAUUUUCUCAGGGGAAAAAAUCAACAGAGCUAAUGAGUUUGCCAGCGAGAAAUGACGGUGUUGCAACGCCCUUGCGAUCUCAGCAAGCGGGUAUUAAUGGAGAUAGGACACCUCAGUUGGAGCAGAAUAUGAAGUUUCUUCAGGAACAACAUCAAGCAACUCUCGUUGCUUUGCAUCAGGAAGUGGAGACUCUGCGACAACGAAAUCGCGAUUUACAAUUUCAGUUGGUAUUUACUAAAGGCACUGCGUGUACAAAUAGCCCGUCAUCACCAGAAGAUAAUUCAAACGGGUUUGUGAAACCUAAGGGAAGCCCAGUUAGUGUCAAUGUUACUCCUCUGCAGAUUGAACUUCUUGAACGUGAUCUCGAGGAGCUCAAAGUAUCAUUCAAUGACGUUAAGAAACAAAAUGUCCAUCUUCUUGAAAUAAUUGAGCAGCAGAAAUUGAAACUAGAACAGACGGCAAAGGACAAAGAAAAACUUAAAGUCAAUGAUGCGGCUAUACAAGUGGGAGAAACGACAAAUUCAGUAAACAGUGAACUGGCAGCGCGUCUAGAGGAUGCAGAGUCAUUGGUAAAGAGACUGCAACGUGAGAAUUCAGAUCAGCAGCGUGAAAUAGCAACGAUAAAAGCGUCAUCAGCUAAAAAUUCUGGUGGGAAUCGCAGUGGACAUGGACGAGGACGAGGAAAUAACGAAAAUGGUCAUCACAGUCGCGGAUCAUCUGGUGACCCUGGACAGUCUGGUAGAAAUUCUUAUAAAUUUCCUCCGUUAGAAGGAGAAAGUUACUGGAGAAAUGCUGCUCGAGGACGUUCCAGUUACGAUCGUCAUUCGGGACAACAUCACCGUCGCAACCGCAUGGAUAAAGAGGAAAGUGAACCUGACAUGUCCUGUCGUAUUGUUCUGCCAGAAUUACUUAACAGCAACGUAAAACCAGAGAUCCCUUGCUACCCACAGUUUUAUCCUCGCUCAUCACGGGGAUACCACAACGGAGGCGGUGGUAGUGGCGGCGGUAACUAUUACAGGGACAGCGGCAAUCGCAAAUUUCGAGGACAAGGACGUCAAAAAGAUCGUCGAGAGCAACAGGACUCGCGAGGCGAUCAUCGUGAUUAUCGUGAUAGAAAUUCCAGAGAUCAAUCAAGGGAUUUUAAUGACGGCGCACAUAUGUCCAAGAAACAGUAAUGCGUUUUUAAAAAUCGAUGAAUAAUUAUUUGCAUUAUGAUGGUGAUUAUUGCUACUAACAUGAAAAUUACAUAAAAACAUAUAUGCAUGUUGAUAUACAUGUGGCUUUAAACAGCAGACUUUGUGUUUUAGUUACCACGCAUGAGAAUCCUCGUGUUAAAUAUUUAUAUAUUACGUGUAAAAGAACCGAUCGUCAUACUAGUAUUAACCCUUUAAUGGAAAAAUUCACUAGCGGCAUAUUUAUAAUAUUUAAAUUAUUAUUAUUAUGAUUAUUAUUGUUAUUAUUAACGGAAAAAUGGUAAGAUUUUAAUCUCGUAGCUUGGUAACUAUUCAAUCCUAAAAUGAGCUACACUCGGGCAUGAUUACGUAAUAAAUAGACGACUACAUAAUAGCGGUAUUUAAUAUUCGGUAUAAAAAAUAUGAAAACAAAAUAUAAAAAUCAAAUAAACUGGUAUGUUAUUAUAAAGGUAUUUAAAUAUUGUAUUAGAUGAAUUAAAAUUGGUGUAAUCUAAAUUUUAAUCGUAAUAGAUUUUCCGUAAUGAGUAAUUUAUUGAAUUAAUUGAUAACAAACAAAGUAAAACAUAAAAAAGAACCAGAAAAAAUGUAUACUCUGACAGUUGCUAUAUAACAAGUAGAAAUUGAGACUGAAUCAUUAAAACUUUGGAGGAUAAAAAUAAAUAAAAAUUAAAGGACUAAAAAUUUAAUUAGUAAUUUUUAAAUUAACAUAUUUAUAUUGAUUGUGUAUCAAGCACGACGCUUAACAAUAUUGUGAAUUCAAAUCCAGUCAUAUUUAUCGUUCAUCAUUCAAUGUUUAAUUGUUUUUGUCAUGCUAAUUAACUGUCAGUUAAAAAUGAAUUUAUUUGUUGAUAAUUUAAAAAUGCUUAGUUUAUGUGGGCGGCAUUCAUCUCAGCUUCCAUGAAGGAAAAUACUGAUGCUUAUUGUGAUAAUUUUUUUCUUAACAUUUAAAAUUAUUUAAUUGUUCUACUCUAUCGUUUGCUAUAUAAUUAUAUAUGUAUAUGAUACUUUUAUAAUGAAGUUUUGAUUUUUUUAAACUUUAUAGAUCUGGAAGAUACUUUAUAUAUUCUAUUUAAUAUUCUAUAAAACAUGAAACAAACUAAAUACGUAAAGCAGUGAUUGAUGAUUAUAAAUUUUAAAUAACUUUUUUAGCUCUAGUGUCAUUUAAUAAUAAACAGUCAUACUACAAAAAACAGAAUAUUGAAUAAUAGUAAUCACAAAGGUCUGCAUGGAUGAUAUUCCCAACGAUAAAGUCAUCGAUUUUUUAGUAUACAAUAAAUACGCCUCAUGUUAAUUAUAAAAUUAUACAUAUAUAUACACAUUAUAUACAUGUAUAAAAUUAUAAAACAAAUAAAAAUCUUUAUAAUCAUAAAGUACAAUUGUACGCUUUAAUGGGUGAUAAAAUU